CUCCUCGCCACUUCACUCCGUAGUGUAGUGUUGCAGUUUAAACUCAGCUGCUCAGCAGCCAGUGGAGGUUCUGUGUGUGUGAGCCGUGCUGAAGAUCUCGACGGGCAAAGGGGAGAACGAAGAUGAAGGUGAUCCCUGCGGCUGCUCUACUGCUCCUAGUCCUGGUCGCCACCGCCUCGCUGCAGGCUCUCGCCGUGGCUGCAGACAGCUCCGGCGCCGUGCCGGACGGGGUGUGCGACGGCAAGUGCCGGAGCCGGUGCUCGCUGAAGAAGGCCGGGCGGUGCAUGGGGCUCUGCCUUAUGUGCUGCGGCAAGUGCCAGGGGUGCGUGCCCUCGGGGCCCUACGCCAGCAAGGACGAGUGCCCCUGCUACAGGGACAUGAAGUCGCCCGAGAGCCAGCGCCCCAAGUGCCCCUAGGACCUCCCCUCACGAUCCCGGUCGAGGCGUUCCGCGUUGGUGUCUAUCUGCGCUUCUGAGCUCGAGGUUCUGUUCGUGUACCCGGAGAAGUAGUGUGCUGCAAUAAACAAUGCUAGAUCUGUAGUGCUGUAUGUUC